CCGCAGCCAUCCAAGGCCAGCCCAUCGACGGAGCUAUUGAAUACGGGUUGUGGGCUGUGAGCCUGCCAUUCGAUUCGGCCGACAACCGCUCCUUUUUUUGGCAGCUCUUGCCCACAUUCGUUUUUCCACAGCCACCCGAAAGCCCGCCAUGACUAACAAAGGCGGCGAUCAUGGCAGCGGGCCUUCACUCCUUCAGGCCCGCAGCACCCACUCCAACCACAACCACAACCACCAUCUGCAUCUUCAUCAACACCGUCGUUUGCAUGCCCUCGGGGUCGACACCGCACCACCACACAUUCGUUCACCACCAAAAGAGAAGCUGCAUGACCGCCAGGUCGUCAUCGUCCAGACCGUGUCCGUCGUGCAUUACAUUGAUGCCACGGGCGCAGUCACGAGUGUCGGCACCCUCGACUCCGAUACCGUCGCACCGACUACGGUAGACCUACCGGCAGCUGUGACGGCUGCUGAUCUGACGGCUCUCAGUGACUUGUUGCCCAGCGUGUCUCUCUCUGGCUUGAUUCCCGAUCUGACCGAUGGCGCGCCAUCGUCUACACCCUCCGCCGAGUCGGCGACCUCGUCAUCUUCAGUGGCUUCACUGUCGGCGUCCUCGGAUACGUUGACGUCCACUCUUUCCACUUUUUCCAGCAGUUCGUCUGCCUUCCCCACACUCUCUGGAGUUUUCAAUUCCUCGUCAACACGCAUAUCGUCACUCUUUGGCAACCAUACAAUUGGGUUGUUAUCGAAUUCCACACGGACCUCGACCUCCUCUCAUUCCACAUUCGCUUCAACUUUGACUUCGACAUCGACAGAGAGCAGUGGCUCUCUGUGGACUUCCACUACUGACCUCAGUGCGCCAACCGUUGUAGCCGGCGAAGCCGGAGGAGGCGGAAAUACUGGCUCUGGCUCUGGAGCCACCCCCACCGACCCCGUCCCCGCCGAACCGACCCCCGAAGCCCCUGCUGGACUCGCCCCCGAACAACGAAACGCAGUUGUCGGAGGUGUGGUUGGAAGCGUUGCCGGAAUUGCGCUCGCCGCCCUGAUCUUCUUGUAUCUGCUGAAAUGGAGGAGACAGCGUGGCCAGGGCAUCAUGCUCCUGGGUGAUGGGGACAGCACGGCUCGGGGCAGAGGCUUUGCCUCUGGAGGACCAGGUAGUCCGGGCAGCGAGAGGGGCAUGGUAGAGCGGUCGGGUGCGUUUGCGAUACCUUCAGCUCUCGCCAAGCUGACCGGCAAACGGGCCAUCGACGCACCACCUGCCGAACCGGCCCUGCAGGAGAAGGGCUUCUACAGGGUAUCCGGCAGAAAGCUUAUCUCGGUCCUCGAAUCCGGUGGAGACGGCUACAGCGACCCCCACGACAGCGUCGGCAGCGCCUCGUCGUACUACCGAGACUCGAGCGCCUUUGUUGAUAACUCAAACCUUCAACCCUUACAGCUCGGAUCACCGAUGCGCCCGGUGAGCGGCGUCCCCGUUUUCCGGGACGGGCCCCAGCGGACGCCUGUUCAUGAAGACACCCCCUUACCGCCAGGUUAUCGACCCUCGGCCUUUCCCACCACCCUAAGGACACCAGAUCCCGUCGGCCGCAGCUUGACAUCACGAGAUGGUUCGCGCGGCUCUGGGUCACGCUUCACCGAGGAUGCAUGACGGGGCUCUUGACCGAGCAGUCAUCUACAGUGUACAUCUCGCAUUACUUAUCCUUAAUGUCUGGAUCAACGGCGUCGGGGCGGGAAAGCGGCUUGCAUGAUUGGUCGAAUGGACGCCAACAUACCGCGGCGCGAGUCUGGACGCACAUACUCCUACGUUCGUCUAUUGGAUAUUUAUAUGGGACAUG